AUGGCUGCCCAGUUCAGCGCUUUAUCCAGGAACAAGCAGGAAGACCUCGAUUUUAUGAGAACCUACCAACCUCAAAACCAAGAAGUCAAUCAUCUCAGGAUUCUGCUUCAUGGACCGGUCGGUGCCAGCAAGUCCAGUUUCAUCAACUCUGUGGACAGUGUUUUACAAGGCAGAAUUAUGGGUCGAGCCUUGACGGAUGCAUUAUCUGGGAGCAGCUUCACCAGAAAGUAUAAAACUUACAAAAUCCAUAAAGGUCCAGACGACUUUUAUUCUUUUGUGUUCAAUGACAUCAUGGGCUUUGAGAAAGAUACCAACACUGGUGUUCUUGAGGAAGAUGUUGAACUGGCCCUGAGAGGACACGUGGAAGACGGUUACAAGUUCUGUCCCAGCCAGAAACUGACAGAGGGUGAUGAAGGUUACAGGUCAUCUCCCACUCUGGACGACAAAGUUCACGUUCUGGUCUGUGUGCUUCCUGUCGGCUCAGUAUCUUUAUUAAGUAAAGAAGUUGUGAAGAAGAUGAGAGAAGUCAGACUUGCAACCAGAGACAUGGGAAUUCCCCAACUGGCUAUUCUCACCAAAGUGGAUGAAGCCUGUCCUGAAAGCAACAAAAAUAUAAAGGAUGUCUAUAAGAGCAAGUACCUGAAGAAACAGGUCGACAAAUUCCACAUGUUGUUGGGUCUUCCUCAGAACUGCAUCUUCCUCGUGAAGAACUACGGUACAGAUGCCAUCAUGAAUGAUGACAAUGAUGCGCUGAUACUGAACGCACUGAGACAGAUGAUCACAUUUGGAGAAGACUUCCUCAAUGACCUGUAGACCUGCGUACUGCUGAAGAAUACUUUGUACGAUCAAAGCAUGAUAAAAAAUGUGCUUCUUUAAGAAACCCUUUAAUAUUAAUUUUCAGGGUACUUUUUUUAAAUCAUUAUUUUCUUUUCCAAUCAUGUUACACAUAUAUUGUAACAUUAAUUAAAAUAGUAUGAGGUAUAGCAGCAUUUCAUGAUUUCAGCUUUUAUUAAGAAAGCAAACACUUUCGCUUUGUUGCUACACAGAUUUUACGUUGCAAAACCAAGUGACCUUUACUACCAGCCUUCUGAUGGGUUUCUAGUCGAUGGUUACAUUAUACAACAAGUCUGUCAUACAACGCAUAGAUUGUUUGUUCCAACU